AUGGAGCUUCAGACGCAGCAGCACUUUUGCCUGCCGUGCCCGCGCCCCUACACCACCUCGUUGGUGUGGAUGUGCCUGGCAUGCGGUGAGCUUGCCCCGUACGAAAGAGCCUCUUAUUACUCGACGAACAACGACCAUGCCAUGUCAGGUGGAUUUGACCUCACCACUGCGCUUAGCGACCGCGAAGCAGCCGCCUACGCUUAUUCGAGCUCCCCUCCGGAGUCGACGCCUCAGCGUUACAGUCACCUACCAUGCGGCCGUGCAGAGUCCAGUUACCGUGCCUCGCACUACACCUCUUCCUCGUCCAGUAGCAGCGGCGUUGCUGCGCCUGCUACAGCCACGACAACUAUAUUGGCGUCCUCACUGCCAACAUUAACACCGCUGCGGCAGGCGCAGCAACACUCCUGCGUGAACGACGCAUCGGACUCGUACUUGUCACAGGCUGCCUCGUCCAAUAACAGGCAGCAGCAUGAGCAGCAGCUUCCGUUGAGCGUGAUGCGCCGUAUCACGAGUGCUACCGUUGAGGAUGUGAUCCAUCGCAAUAGUGUCGGUAGCGUCGGCGAAAGGCGAAAGCGGUGCGAAGGCGCGCUAUUCUCCGCUGAGGUGUUCGACCUUCGCGCAGGUGAGGAAGCCUUCGGCAACGACGAGGUCUCGGCAGGUGGCAGCAACUUGUCAAGCCGCUGUCAACGCGCACCCACAGAGGUCACCGCACCCGACACGCCGCAGCUCUCCACGCCCCUGGGAAACAUCAGAGAUGACGGCAACGUUCCCGCAGCGACUCCGCGUGCACCGGCUGUCGUCUCUCUCCCUCAGCCCUCGGCCGCCUGCCCGGCCCCCUGGAGAGACGCGGACUUCAAUGACGCACAAAGCCUGUCGAGCGCCGGGGCACGCUCUGGGCAGCAGGAAGAGGAUGUGACAUGCUCCCUAACAGCGCUGCUCGCGGAGGAGCAUCUGAUAGGCAGUCGCGAAAUGCGCUUCUGCUGCUGCUGUGGCGAGGUCCGGUGCGCCGAGAUACGAAAGGUGACGGAGCUGCUGCCAGCAAGGGCGACGGUUAGCGCCUCGUACGGGGACGCGGAGAGUGACGAGCCUUUGGACUUUUCAGUUCACGCUGCCGAAAGUGUCUUUCAGCCAUCCGAAGCAGCACAGUGGCGCUCGCCGCCGCCCCAGACAUUUCCAGCCGACCGCCAACAGCAAACACAACCACGGCAAUCAGCGGAGUCGAAUUCUCGCAAGGAGAUCUCCUCUGUCCACCUCGUCGCCCUCUCCCUCGCGCGACUCCUGUUAAAGGUGAAAGCCAUAGCGGUGGCGGCCGUCUACAACCUCCAUCCGCUGUCGCCAGCGCUGCCCAAGGCGUACUUCAGCCGUCAUGGCGAUGGCGACAAUGGUGAGACGGCAGUGGGCGAUGACGAAAAAAGCGUCUCCACCAGUGACUCGGCGCCGCUGUCGGUAAACUCAAUCUCGCGACCCCCACCGCUGCUCCGAAGACGUCGUCG